GCGUGUUUCUUUCUGCUCACUCUGGCUCCCUCCGUGCCUUAUAAUUUGACGACGCACUCUGCCUGGCAGCCAUCACACCAAUAGAAAACGGGGUGCUCACAUCAGCCCGUUGGAUGUUUCGGUGGAAAAGGAAACCGCCGUCAUUCCUCGAACUCAAACCCCAAAACCUCAACCACAUCAUGCGGUGGAGUCAAGCUCUACCGCACCAACCUUCAUCACCCUGGAUUCGAUAGUCGCAGAAGCUGCCCUCUUCCACCGCCAGCAACCCCAGACGGGCACUGCCGCUUCUGCCGCGACAACGCGCGAGUCCAGGAAAGAUAAACAUCUCCACUCCCACUUCUGGCCUGCCCAGUUUUACAACAUCAACCGACUCGUCACAGGCCUCGUCGCCCUUCCAGCGCUCCCGCCGUUCCCCUACAACAUGUCGUUCCGCGGGAAGUCCGCCGUCCCGGCCACUCCGCGCGUCAUCUCUCCCAGUCCGACGCCGUCCGAACAGGAAGCGGGUUCCUCGCAAGAUGCGACUUUUGGGGCGGUGACGAGAUCCGCCGCAAGGAAGCGGCUGGCCACACCACAGCCCGUCCUGGAGGAUCUGGACGAGGACAGCCUUGACGAUAGUCCCGAUCUGCGGAGGGCUCGGACACGGAGCCGGAGCCCCAUCGAUUCUCGGAGAAUCCCUCCUCUGACAUCGAGCAAGUCUAGGAAGGCGGAGAAGAAGGUUGUCAAGAAGGCUGUUGCUACCGUUCCGAACGGCAUCCCUGUCCCCGAGAACGGGUACCUCUCUCCGACGUCAGCGACAGGAUUCUGGAGCUGGAGGGACUUCAGUCGAAGCCCGAGUCCUCUGGGCCUGAUACCGAUUCACAGGCACUGGCGCACGUUUGUCCACAAACAUGAGGUGCCGAGGAAGGUGCUGCAUGUGUCCAUCGGAUUCUUCGUCAUCUGGCUGUAUCUCUCGGGGACCCAGACUCGAGCGGUAUGCCCUUAUCUGAUGGGGGCGCUGAUCCCCAUCGCGGCCGUCGACGUUGCGCGCCACAACUACGAGCCAUUCAACCGCUUCUACGUCAAGGUGCUGGGCGCACUGAUGCGCGAGAGCGAGUUUGCCGGCUACAACGGCGUCAUCUUCUACCUGCUCGGGGCCUGGAUCGUCCUGUACUUCUUCCCCAAGGACGUCGGCGUCAUGGGCACGAUGCUCCUCAGCUGGUGCGACACGGCCGCCAGCACGUUCGGCAGGCUCUAUGGCCGCUACACGCCCCGCAUCAGGCGGGGCAAGUCCCUGGCCGGGUCCUUCGCCGCCUUCGUCGUGGGCGUCUCGACGGCCAGCUGGUUCUGGGGCUGGCUUGCCCCCUCCGUGGGCCCAAUGCCAGGCGACGAUGGGUUCAUGUUCACCGGCGUCCUCCGCCUCCCGCAUGUGGUCUCCGAAGUUCUGGGCUUGACAGACAGCCAAUCCGCGAUUUCGGGCGGCCUAGCGCUUGGGGUCAUGAGCCUUUGGUCCGGCUUCGUGGCCGCAGCCAGCGAGGUUGUUGAUGUGUUUGGAUGGGACGACAACUUUACGAUACCAGUUCUCAGUGGGCUUGGUAUCUGGGGGUUCUUGAAGGUCUUCGGCUAGGGCAUACUCCCAACGAUGGUAAUAAACGGUUUUGCCGAGCUUAUGAUGACUCGCACCGCUUUGUACACUGGGCUAACUAUAUGCAUGGUUGGCGUUUUGGGAGCGGACUGGGGGCGGACUGGGGUGGCCCUGGAUGCACGAAAUAAUAGCUGGCAGAUGCUGGACGAUGGGCCCGGUGAAAUUAUCUUAUGUCGAUUGUAUAUCAUCAUCUCUCUCCAUUCUCACGACUUCACUCCGCGACCUAGUGUUUCAAACGGGGUUCUACGAGU